AUGAAACAUGAUUUUCUGAAGGAAAAGGAGCUAAAAAUAAUUGAGAAAAUUGGUGAAGGGGCGUUUGGACAAGUGUACAAGGCCUCUUACAAAGGGGAGGAAGUAGCAAUAAAAGUAAAUAAAUGUGAAAUGAAUAGUGUAUGCAAGGGGCAUAAUUAUAGGAAACAUCAAUAAUGGAAAGUCUUAAACACAAAAACAUUAUUAAAUUUUACAAGGUUUCGAUUGUUAGGAUUAAAUAUAGUAUUUUAAGCAGGGAAACAGUCAGUAUUUGAUCAUGGAAUAUGCUGGGGGUGGUUCUCUGAGUGAUUACAUGAAACAAAGAUUAGAGGAGGAAACAAUAAGCGGCAUCAUGAAAUCAAUAUUCACAGCGAUAGAGUAUCUCCAUUCCAAAUAGAUUAUCCACCGAGAUAUUAAACCAGGUAUUCAUUUGAAUAGUAUACAUGAUUAGAUAAUAUCUUAAUUAAAAAUAGUGAAGAUCUUUCGAGUGUUAAGAUUGCUGACUUCGGCUUGAGUUAUCAGUACAUGCCUGAAAUUCGUUAUUAUUAAACAGUUUCGUAAUAAUGUGGCACAUUUAUAUUUAUGGCACCUGAAUAAAUUUUAAAUAAAGCAUACAAUAAAGCUGUUGAUAUGUGGUCAUGUGGCGUAGUCUUGUUUAUGCUGUUAAAUCAAGGCAAGCAUCCAUUUUAUCCUCGAAUUUCAACCAAAAAGGAGUUCAUCAAUAGUUUUCCAGAUCUUAAAUAUGAGCAACCCUUGCAUGCAUCACCAUUGGCAAGAGAUCUCCUCCAAAGAUUGUUGCAAUACGACUAGGAUUCUCGAUAUACAGCUGCUUAAGCAUUGGUUCAUCCUUGGAUCACUCGACAUUUUAAUCAUCCUAUUCCAAUGAGUGUUAAAGAAUUUGGUACUUGCCAAGAAUUAAAAAAGAAAGUAUCAUUUUUAAUACAAUUAGUUUUUUUAAUACAUCAAAGCUGUUUUAUUUUUAAAUCAAGUCCAACAGGAUUCAAUUAAACAGUCCCCAAUUCAAUCUAAGACUGAUUUAGGAGAAUUUAAGAUAUCAAUUGUUGAGUUUGAUGAAGACAAUUAUGAACAGGAAUGUGAAGAUACCAACAGUCCUAAAAAUCAAUAAUUCUUCAAUAAAUUAUCAAUACAAAGACCUAGCAAAAUUUUAAAAUCAUUUCGGACACUCAAUAACAUCCCCUACAAAGGAAAACAUUAUUAAUUGAAUGCCAUCCUCAAUUAAACUAAUGAAUCACCAAUCAGAGAAUUAAAAAAAAUCAAAUUAUAAUAAUAAUUCAGUGUUGAUAAUGAAUAAUUCAUUGUUCCAAUUGAUCCAGAGUCUCCCAAAAAACAUCUGAGAGGAUCCUAAUCAAAUAAACUCCUUUUACCUGCACUUACUGAAUCAACAUAAGUAUCCAUCAGUCCUGUUAAACAAAAACAAAAACCUAUUGUCAAACAAAACUCUUUCCGAAAAUCAGAGACAUCCUUCUUUAUGGGUUUGAAUAGAAUGAAUAAUGACUCAGCCUUAGAGACAGGCACUUUCAGGAACAGAGUUGAAACCUAUGACAGAACUCAAAUUCCUCCCAUCAAUACACAGAGGUUUUAUGGAAGAAAUACAAUUACAAAUCUAGUGACAUCUCCUAAGAAUAACAUUGCUACAUCAACCAAUCUCCUUAUCCCAAAGAAAAUAAUAUGAUAAAAGUUAAAAUAUGAAUA